GCGGUGAGGGAAUCGCUGCUUACCGUGGUUGGUCUUCGCUGGACGCGCGUCCUGUGUAGACUUCUCGUCCGUGCGUCUCUAGAGAAGAGGGCUUGCGAGGUUGCGACAGCCUGUAGGCUCGUGGCAGACAAAGCGGCGAGAGCCGCCGGGACCAGCCCUCCAAGGAAGAAGGAAGGUCAGUGCUGUUGAUUAUGAGACGAUCUGUAGCACCAAGUCAGUUGCAGGGGAAUCCCUUGAAGAAACCAAAAUUUAUACCACCAGGAAGAAGCAAUGCAAGUCCAAAUGAAGAGAUUACAAAGCUGAGUCCAGAUGUAAAAUUAUUUGAGGUUGCUGCAAAUAAGUCACAAAAUGAUUCCAGAACAUGUAGUUUAAGUCUUCUGCAUACUGAAGGGAAUGCUAGACAAAUUAAUCACAGGGAUAAUUACGGUGGAAAAUAUCGUUCUGAAGCAUCUGUGAUGCCAACACUAGAUCCACCUCAUACAGCUUAUUCAGCCCCAACAGAACUGACAGUGUCCAGUGCAAAAGAAGAGGAACCUGAUAACUUAGUUAAAUAUUUCAGUGUUGUUUGGUGUAAGGCUUCAAAGAAAAAACACAAAAAGUGGGAAGGUGAUGCUGUUCUUAUUGUAAAAGGCAGGUCGCUUACAUUAAAGGAUUUGGAAGGCAAAGACAUUGGAAAAGGCAUUGGAUAUAAAUUCAAAGAUCUUAAAAAGAUUGAUGAGGGUCAAACACUGAUGAUUGGUGGAAAAGAAAUAGAAGUCAUGGGUAUAAUCUCUCCAGAUGACUUCAACAGUGGCAAGUGUUUUCAGCUCGGAGGAGGAAGUCCUGCUGUCUCAAGUUCUUCUCAGCCUGCCAAGAAGUGUUUCUCUAACCCUUUCAAAAAUGUCUGUAAACCAAAUUCAAGGGAAAAUAUACAGAAUAAUUUCCAAAACUGCAAACCACGCUAUGACCCAUAUGCACCAAAUUCCCUUGUUAUGCCACGUCCAAACAAGAAUCAUCAGUGGAUGUUGAAUAAGAACUGUUGCCCUCUUGUGGAUGUAGUGAUAGAUCCUCACCUUGUAUGUCAUCUUCGACCACAUCAGAAAGGAGGAAUCAUAUUCCUUUAUGAAUGUGUGAUGGGAAUGAGAGUGGAUGGCAGAUGUGGAGCUAUUCUUGCUGAUGAAAUGGGUUUAGGGAAAACAUUGCAAUGUAUUUCACUCAUCUGGACUCUACAGUGUCAGGGACCCUAUGGAGGCAAACCAGUAAUAAAGAAGACACUUAUUGUCACACCUGGAAGCUUGGUGAAUAAUUGGAGGAAGGAGUUUCAAAAAUGGCUGGGAAGUGAAAGGAUCAAGAUAUUUACUGUUGAUCAGGACCACAAAGUAGAAGAAUUCAUCAAAUCUCCAUUAUAUUCUGUUCUUAUCAUCAGUUAUGAAAUGUUACUUCGUUCCCUGGAUCAAAUUAAGAAUAUUAAAUUUGAUCUUCUAAUCUGUGAUGAAGGGCAUCGUUUGAAGAACAGUGCCGUUAAAACAACUACAGCCCUCAUUAGCCUCUCUUGUGAGAAAAGAAUAAUUCUAACUGGUACUCCAGUUCAAAAUGACCUGCAGGAAUUUUUUGCAUUAAUUGAUUUUGUAAAUCCAGGCAUAUUAGGUUCUUUGUCAUCCUAUAGAAAAAUAUAUGAAGAACCCAUCAUUAUAUCGAGAGAACCUUCUGCUUCUGAGGAAGAAAGGAUUUUAGGAGCAAGAAGAGCAGCUGAACUUACUCGCCUCACUGGACUCUUUAUUCUUAGAAGGACCCAGGAAGUCAUAAAUAAAUAUCUCCCACCUAAAAUAGAAAAUGUUGUCUUUUGCCAGCCAGGAGCACUACAGAUUGAACUUUAUCGAAAGCUGUUGACUUCUAAGGCUGUCAGGUUCUGUCUUCAAGGGUUUUUGGAAAAUAGUCCUCAUCUAAUAUGUAUAGGAGCUCUUAAAAAACUGUGCAGUCAUCCUUGCCUUUUGUUCAAUUCUAUAAGGGAAAAAGAAUGUAGCGCAACUUGUGAUGAAAAUGAAGAAAGGAGUCUAUAUGAAGGCUUGAUAAAUGUGUUCCCUGCUGAUUAUAAUCCUCUCAUGUUCACUGAGAAGGAGUCAGGAAAACUACAGGUGUUGUCAAAGCUCUUAGCAGUUAUCCAUGAACUUCGUCCUUCUGAAAAGGUGGUGUUGGUAUCUAACUACACAAAAACCUUGGAUAUUUUACAAGAAGUAUGCAAGCGCCAUGGAUAUGCUCAUACAAGGCUUGAUGGACAAACACCCAUCUCUCAAAGGCAGCAAAUUGUUGAUGGCUUCAAUAGUAAAUACUCUUCGGAUUUUAUUUUUUUGUUAAGUUCAAAGGCUGGUGGUGUGGGACUUAACCUUAUUGGAGGAUCUCACUUAAUUCUCUAUGACAUUGAUUGGAAUCCAGCCACUGAUAUCCAGGCAAUGUCUAGAGUAUGGAGAGAUGGACAGAAGCAUCCUGUACAUAUUUACAGACUUUUAACCACAGGUACAAUAGAAGAAAAGAUCUAUCAGAGACAAAUCAGUAAGCAAGGUCUUUCUGGGGCAGUUAUGGACCUGACCAAGACAUCUGAACAUAUUCAGUUUUCAGUAGAGGAACUUAAAAAUUUAUUCACUUUACAUGAAAGUUCACAUUGUGCUACUCAUGACCUGCUUGACUGUGAUUGUACAGGAGAAAAAGAUUAUACAGGUUAGUUGUAUUUUAUUUCUGCUACUAUGGUGAAGUUAGCAUGUGUCUUUUUAGCAGCGGAAAAUAUUUGAAUACAGAAUAAUAGAAAAAUACUU